AUGUUGAAGUUGCUCUUAAGCACAGCUUUUCUUCUUUACCUGUCCAGGUAGCCUCUGUUUUCAUUUGUCUUAAUGAAAACUUUUUUAUUUACAUCUCAAGUUUCUUUUCAAAGCAGUCGAGAACUGAAACGAAUGGGGAUUGAACUGCUUUGCCUGUUCUUUCUAUUUCUAGGAAGGCACGAUCACGUACAAGGUGGCUGUGCCAUGGGAGGUGCAGAGACCUGCGGAGACUGUUUGCUCAUUGGACCUCAGUGUGCCUGGUGCUCUCAGGAGAAUUUUACCCAGCUACCUGGAGUUGGUGAAAGGUGUGAUACUCAAGCAAAUCUUCUAGCUAAAGGAUGUCAAGUAAACUUCAUCGAAAACCCUGUCUCCCAAGUAGAAAUACUUACAAAUAAGCCUCUCAGUGUAGGCAGACAGAAAAAUAGUUCCAACAUUGUUCAGAUUGCACCUCAAAGCUUGAUUCUUAAAUUGAGACCAGGUGGUGAACAGACUGUGCAAGUGCAAGUCCGCCAGACGGAGGAUUACCCAGUGGACUUGUAUUACCUCAUGGACCUCUCGGCCUCCAUGGAUGAUGACCUCAACACAAUCAAAGAGCUGGGUUCCCUGCUUUCCAAGGAGAUGUCUAAAUUAACUAGCAACUUUAGACUGGGCUUUGGCUCCUUUGUGGAAAAACCCGUCUCCCCUUUUGUGAAAACAACGCCAGAAGAAAUCGCCAACCCUUGCAGUAGUAUUCCAUACUUCUGCUUACCUACUUUUGGAUUCAAGCACAUUUUGCCAUUGACAAAUGAUGCUGAAAAAUUCAAUGAAAUUGUGAAGAAUCAGAAAAUUUCUGCUAAUAUUGACACACCUGAGGGUGGAUUUGAUGCAAUUAUGCAAGCUGCUGUGUGUAAGGAAAAAAUCGGCUGGCGGAAUGACUCCCUCCAUCUUCUGGUCUUUGUGAGCGACGCCGAUUCUCAUUUUGGAAUGGACAGCAAAUUGGCAGGCAUCGUCAUUCCUAACGAUGGGCUCUGUCACCUGGACAGCAAGAAUGAAUACUCCAUGUCAACUGUCUUGGAAUAUCCAACAAUUGGACAACUCAUUGACAAACUGGUGCAAAAUAACGUGUUACUGAUCUUUGCCGUAACCCAAGAACAAGUACAUUUAUAUGAGAAUUAUGCAAAACUCAUUCCUGGAGCUACAGUAGGGCUACUUCAGAAAGACUCUGGGAACAUUCUCCAGCUGAUCAUCUCCGCCUAUGAAGAACUCCGGUCUGAGGUGGAACUGGAAGUAUUAGGAGACACAGAAGGACUCAACCUGUCAUUCACGGCUAUCUGUAACAAGUCCUUCUUCCCACAGCAGAAGAAAUGCUCCCACAUGAAGGUGGGAGACACGGCUUCAUUCAACGUGUCUGUGAGUAUACCAAACUGCGACAGAAAAAGCAGGCACAUUAUCAUAAAGCCUGUGGGGCUGGGGGACACCCUAGAAAUACUUGUCACUCCAGAAUGCAACUGUGACUGCCAGAAAGCAGUGGAAGUGAACAGCUCCAAAUGCCACCACGGGAACGGCUCCUUCCAGUGUGGGGUGUGUGCCUGCAACCCUGGCCACGUGGGUCCUCACUGCGAGUGCGGGGAGGACGAGAUGAGCACAGAUUCCUGCAAGGAGGCCCCGGAUCACCCCUCGUGCAGUGGAAGAGGCGAUUGCUACUGUGGGCAGUGCAUCUGCCACUUGUCUCCCUAUGGAAACAUUUAUGGGCCUUACUGCCAGUGUGACAAUUUCUCCUGCGUGAGACACAAAGGGCUGCUGUGUGGAGAUAACGGCGACUGUGACUGUGGCGAGUGCGUGUGCAGGAGUGGCUGGACCGGCGAAUACUGUAACUGCACGACCAGUACAGACUCAUGCAUCUCUGAAGACGGGGUGCCCUGCAGCGGGCGAGGCGACUGCGUCUGUGGCAAGUGUGUUUGCACGCACCCCGGAGCCUCAGGACCGGCCUGUGAACGCUGUCCUACCUGUGGCGAUCCCUGCAACUCUAAACGGAGCUGCAUUGAAUGCCACCUGUCGGCAGAUGACCAGGCCGGAGAAGAGUGUGUUGACAAAUGCAAACUAGCUGGUGUGACCAUCAAUGAAGAAGAAGAUUUCUCAAAGGAUAGUUCUGUUUCCUGUUCUCUACAAGGAGAAAAUGAAUGUCUUAUUACAUUCCUAAUAACUACAGACAGCGAAGGGAAAACCAUCAUUCACAGCAUCAACGAGAAAGACUGUCCAAAACCACCAAACAUUCCCAUGAUCAUGUUGGGGGUUUCACUGGCUAUUCUUCUCAUUGGGGUUGUCCUACUGUGCAUUUGGAAGCUGCUUGUGUCAUUUCAUGAUCGCAAAGAGGUUGCCAAAUUCGAAGCAGAAAGGUCAAAGGCCAAGUGGCAAACGGGAACCAAUCCACUGUACAGAGGCUCCACCAGCACCUUUAAAAAUGUAACCUAUAAACACAGGGAAAAACAAAAGGUGGACCUUUCCACGGAUGGAUAGAACUACUUCAUGCACAAAAAAUGUCUGUUUCACUGAUAUGAAAUGUUAAUGCACUGCUUAAUUUUUCUUUCUUUUUUGCUUCAAAAUGAGCUUGGUUUAAGAUAAUAAUAGGUCAUUUGGAGAUCAGUCAUUCUCUGUAUGAAGGUUAGAGACUAUGUUGGCAGGUUCAAAAUAAUCAAGAAGAGAAAUACCUUAGCAAAGGGGUGACUUUGGGGAUCAUUUGAGGAAUAUUCACUCUGUUGCAUUAAUGCCUCAAAAAAUCAUCAAAAUGAUUCAUGGGAGCCUGAUCUGCAUUUGAAAAAUGUUUGAAAUUAGAAUCUCAUUUAUAUCCAGAAUAUAGCUACCUGAGGUCUUUGUCUCGGCCAAGUCACAAGGCCCAUAUGUUCCCAUUACAUAUGCACACUCGCCAACUUUUUCCAAACUUUUAGUAAAUGUGCCUUUCCUAAAGGAGGAUUUUUUUUUCUAAGAGAUUCUGAUUUUACUUCAGCUGAAAGAAUGCAAUUCUCUAAAGAAAUCCCAAAUGUAAGAAUGAAAAUUAAGUGUUAAUUACUGUGGAUUUGUCUGAACCUAAAAGUAAGAUACACAAAUAAGUGUUUUAUUUGUUUUACAGAUGAGGAAGAAGUAAUUUAUAAUUUUAGGAAGUCACCAGUAAAAAACAAAAAUAACAAGCCUAUCAUUUAGAUUAUUUUCAGUUACUUACCUCAAAAUAAACUUCUGCACUCAGAUCCCCUCCAGAUUCUGAGUUUUCAAACUAUUGCUUCUCCCAAAUUUCUCAAUCCAUUUUACUCAGUUUCACAGUCUUCUAACCCCUGUAAUUGCCAUAUGAAAGUUUUAAUUUCUUGUUAAAGAAUUACUUUAAAUGGUUAGUUUAUUCAACAAGAGCUCCAAUAUUACAAAAGGAACAACAUUUUAAGUGGUUUUAAAUCAAGCACAUCGAGAGUACAAAAGUCCCUCGUUGAGUAAUGGGUUUCUUUACCAAUAUUCUCUUCCCACUUGCAUAACAUAACUUGACAUUUCAGCUGCAUAUGGUAAAUAUGCAUGAUAUAUUUACUUUAAAAAGUAAGAUUUUACUUGUAAAAUACAUGGGGGUGAUUAGGGAUCCUUAGAUUGACUGAAGAGAUGGACACUGCAAAAUAACAUUUCUUAUAGUACAUACUACUUUACAAAGCAUGUUCUUCUCUGAUCCUUGUAAGGAAGCUAGGGUUCAGAGAGUAAGUAGAACUGGUCCACAAUCCAGAUCUUCUAGCUCCAAACCAUGUCUUCUUUCCACAGCAUGAGGCUGACUCCUUAGUCAGUGAAAUGAUAGAAAGAUCUUGUGAGUUAAACAGCAACUAUCAUUUGCUGGACAGAACAUACAGCAUUUAGACUACUGGAUUGCAGGUGAAGUCUUGUACUUUUGUGCCCUGUUUAUUACCUUUGAGUAAAUUCCAAUGUGAAGUCUUUUGCUACGUGAAGAGUUCAUCCUGUAAUGGAGGCUUCAUGCUUCUCCACUGAAUUGGAGCAGAUUACUCUAUGGUAAAUUCCAUCAGUCUUACAGGUAGAUCUGUACACACUGAUUACUUUGAGACUUUAUUUCUGGUUUCUUAAUAACUCAGGUAAAUCUCACACUUGUGGAGUACACAGCUAUGGUAAAAAAAAAUUACUAAGCAAUCACGCUGGAAACCUGAAGGGCUGACGUGCCCAAUACUUCCCGACUGAAGCCCACAGUCUGGGGGAAAUCUAGAGCAACAAGGAAGUUGCAAUUCUGAUGGCACAACCGUAGUAUUCACCUCGACAUGUGACAUUUCUGUAUUAUUACUGGAAUGGGAUUUUAGAAAAUGUAAGUUUUCCUCCUGUGUAUAUAUAGAGAAGAAUUUGCUAUUUGUCUGAAUACUGUUUUGACCCAGGGCUGGACCUUGAAAAGGCCAAAACAUUAACAGUAGUACUUCUGUUCACUGAAGAGUUAUGUUACAUGAAGAUAAAAUGGGUUUUGUAAGUUGUUUUAUUGUAUUUUGUGUUGACAUAAAUAAACAUGGUAAUUUAAACAAUGA